AUGGCGGUAUUACCGUCCAAGAAUACGGCCAACGCAAAGCUGGGUGGCGCAGGUGGAGCGAGGUUUAGACAGAGGAAAAUUUCUGUUAAACAGCCGUUAGCCAUUUACAAACAAAAGGACUUGCCGACUUUAGAUAUCAACAAUGAACUAGAACCAAGUCAAAUCCAUCAUUUGAGCUCCAACUCUGCCCAGCAACUGAGAGAUUUACAUGCUGUGGAUACUGGUGUGGAUAAGAAUGAAGAGGAUGAAGUUCAUCUUCAACAAGUCAUCAAUGCUGCGCAAAGAGCUUUGUUAGGAUCAGAGAGAGGAUCAAAGAAAGAACCUGAGAAUAAAGAAAGCGUAUAUAUUCCCACGCCCGAUGCUUCUAGAAUCUGGCCAGAGGCCCCUACGUAUUAUAAUGAUCAUACUUUCAAGGAACCAGAAUCGUACAUAAAAUUCAGUGCGACGGUGGAAGAUACGGUCGGUGUUGAAUAUUGUAUAGAUGAGAUUGACUUCGAAUUCUUUGAAACCAAAUUGAAGAAGAAUUAUCCCAAAAAGAAAGACGAAACUACUUGCACAGAGUUGGAGUUCGAAAUAGUAUGCGAUAAAUUAGAGAAGACUAUUGAUGAAAGACAGCCUUUUCUCUCUAUGGAUCCAUCGAACAUUUUGAGUUAUAAAGAGUUGUCAUCUCAAAUAUUGGAAGAAUUCAAAAACGUUAAUCCUAAUAAGCCUUAUGUUCAAGCAGGUUCUACAAUCAAAUAUAUUCCUACAACUGAUUUAAAAGAAAAAUUAUCGAAGGAGCUAAAACUUGAGCCUUUCGUUACUCUCUUUGAUAAGAAUCCCAAUGAUCAGUCCUCAACUGUCCAAAGCAGACCAAUCCCAAAACUUAUUGAGCUUUUUGGAGAACCUAUAUACGACCACUGGAAGGGAAGAAAGAUUGCUAGACGUGGAAAACAAAUUCACCCGGUCCUAAAAUUCGAAGAUCCUAAUGCGACAGAAAAAGAUAACGAUAAUGAUCCUUAUAUAUGUUUCCGCCGUCGUGAAUUUCGACAGGCACGUAAGACAAGAAGAGCGGAUGCAUUAGGGUCGGAGAGAAUAAGGCUACUACAAAAAUCAUUACAUAGAGCUAGAGACUUAGUUUUGUCGGUUGCACGGAGAGAGAUCUUAAAAUUGAAUUUUUUGGAAGCAGAACACAAUGUAUUUAAAGCUAGAUGUGAAGCUAAGUCAUUGAAGAGAUCGAUUGGAUAUAAAGGAGAUGAAGGGCUUUUCUAUCCUCACAAGAAGAAGAAGAUUGUCAAAGUUAAGGAAGACGAUGAAGAAAUGGCGAAAGCUAGACGUAUCGAGAAAAGGAAACUUGAAUCUCGUGAAGCGUCAGUCUCGUCAGCACAUGGUGGAUCUAUUCGUACAAACGGUGUUCAUAGAGAUAGAUUCAGUCAUCAACAUCUGCAACAGGAAACAGCUUCAUCCUCUACUCAACCUUAUGUUAAGUUACCACCUUCUAAAAUUCCAGACAUGGAUUUGGUUACUGUUUCAUUGGUAUUGAAAGAAAAGAACGAAACAAUUAGAAGAGCUGUUCUUGAGAAAUUACGAAAAAGAUGCGAACAGGACAAGGGCUUUACAAAUGUCACCGAUGACCCAUAUGAGCCAUAUUUCAAUAUAUCAACCAACAAUAACGCGAAAGAAUUGAGUCACAUCCCUUAUUCUUCUAUCGCUGCAACUAAUUAUCAUGAAAUCAAUACUUCCAACUAUAUAAGCAAACAUUUGAAAGAGAUAUUGAAAGAAGGAAAGAAACCUCUUCCGGGAAUGAAAACAUUUAGAGGAGCUAAUGGAGAACUUAUUCCUUCUAAGCCUUUUCCUCAUUUGCUGUCCUUAUUACUGAAUAGCAACGAAGAGCGCGAAUCUGAUUCCUCCAGCUAUGUCGCGCAGCUAUUAAAUAAUAUCAAAACGAAUAAUUUUGGUGCUUAUAGCCACGGGUAUGGAUAUCAGCAACGCCGCCAUCAUAGUCAAGUGACGACUGAUCUCUCGGACCCGAUUUUUAGACUAAGAAGAAGAAUAGGAAGAGGUAAUCGGGCUUUUAUUGAUAGAAGAGGUUUGAUAAAACGGCCGAACAAUAUUGAUGAUCUUGACCAUUAUUUGACUACCGGCCUUAAUGAUGAAGGUGAUCUAUUGAAUGAUAAAGCUGACACGGGUUCUGAACACAAAGAAGUGGAUAACAAUACAAGCGUCGAUUACUCUGCUCAUAACAAAAACGUUUAUAACUCGGAAGUAGAUGCAGCGAAGAGACUCAGCUCAAACUGGAAAUUCGAUGAUGAUUUAACUGACUUUGAAAUUGGCUUACAAAAUCCUUUCAGUUUAGACCCAUCAAAGUUAAACUGUAUCAGUAGUAGUACUCAGUCAAUUAGAUUUGGGUCUAUGUUAUUAGCAAAAUCAUACGAUUUAUUAAGAGAGUCAGUUCAUCAAAAACAGCAGGCUUAUAUCCAGCAAGCUAGAAUGAGAGCACUCCAAAUACAACAGAUCGCUAACAAGCAACAACAACAACAAGCACAACAACAAAGACAGCAAAAUCCUGAGCAACAGCAGCAACAUUCUCCUACUGUUGGCGCAAAUUCUACGUUAUAUUCAAAUAAAGCGAGAGCGACUCCUAAUUCAACUGGUAGCCUAACAAGAUCUUCUAGUUCUAAUUCUAAGAUGUCGAACAGUUCGCAACCGAGAACAACCGGAAGCUCUCCCUUGUUAGCAUCUCAAACCCCUGGUGGAAAUCAAAACGCAAUUCCUAAAGGAAGCCAUGUGAAACUGCACUCAGCGUCUCAAUUGUACAAUAACAACAUGCAGAAUAAUAUGAGUCCCUCAAAUAGUCCCGCUAGUGCUCCCACUACCAACAGUAUUGAUACAGGAAAGUCAUCAAAGUGA